AUGUCGACAGUCGGAGAACUUGCCUGCAGCUACGCUGUUAUGAUCCUCGAGGACGAGGGUAUCUCAAUCACGGCUGACAAAAUCGCGACAAUCGUCAAAGCUGCUGGUCUCGAGAUUGAGGGAUACUGGCCAAUGCUAUUCGCCAAGAUGGCUGAGAAACGUAACGUCACCGACCUCAUCAUGAACGUUGGUGCUGGUGGCGGAGGAGGUGCUCCCGUUGCCGCCGCUGCUCCAGCUGCUGGUGGUGGUGCUGCAGCCGCUGCCCCUGCCGCUGAGGAGAAGAAAAAGGAUGAGCCAGCAGAAGAGAGUGACGGUGAUUUGGGUUUCGGCUUGUUCGACUAA